UUCGACUUAUUUCCUCGUUGUCAGGGAAAGUCAUGGCGAGGCAGGGUUGUGCAUCCAUCCCCCUUGGGUAGUGAUAGACACAUCGCGGGAAGGGAAAAUCCAGGGGGUCAGCAGUUGGAGUAGGAUGCAACCAUCAUGACAGGCCUCACAAGACGACGCGGGAUAUCCGGGGCUGUCCUCCUUGUCUUGUCCCUCUCCCACACCUUGCAAGACACACAGCAUGGGGAAGUGCUCCCCAGUAAUCCAUUUAGAUUUAUCAAUGAGACCUUGACCUUGAACUGUACCGUGACCUCAGACAGUAUCCCUGGCAACUUUUCUGGAUCACUGUUCUUCGUUAAAGAUUUUGAAGAUGUGGAGAAGGUUCUUCCCAUGCAAUACAUCACCCCUCUAGGUGACCGAGCCAUCCAGCUCGACUUCCCCAUCACGUCACGCAUUCAUCAGGGGGGCUACGUCUGUAAACUGAACAAGACGGAUGGAAGCAGUGUCAUCAUAGGUAGUCAAAACGUCAGCGUGGAUUAUCGUCCCAAGAAGGUUGAGAAGAUCGACUGCCGUGUGUUUGACUGGAGGAACAUGACCUGCACGUGGGACCUGGGAGUGGACUUUAUACACAAGGACAUGGUGAAAUCCGAACUGAUUUGGAUAAUAGGUCGUUUUCGGCCGAGCGCCUGUCCCCACCAGGGCAAGACUUCCUGCAGCUGGAAAGAAAACGAUGGCCGAAAUUCUUUCAAGGUUUCAGUUCGGUACCAGAUGCUUGUCACUGUCAGGUGUGUCAAGGCUAGCAAUGGAACAGCUGCUACAUCUGACUGGGUGGCUGUGACAGGACUGACACUAGUGGAACCAGCUCCUGUGCAUUCAUUGACUGUAGCGAACAGGACUAGCAGGUGUUUGUAUCUCGAGUGGAACCAUACAGAGUACGAAAGGAAUAUUAUGUACACAGUGCACGUCCUGCAGGAACAGGACUACAUCUUAAAGUUUAACACAAGUGAAAGGGAGGUAACUCUGUGUGACCUUCAUCCGGCCAGGACAUACAAAUUGCGAGUGUCGUGCAUCCCACUGAGAUAUAAAUCUAACAAAACUGAAGGUUUUUACAGUGACUGGACCACCCUAAACGUGGACACACUGGAAGAUGUACCGAGUGGCGUUCCGGGUGUGCAGCGUGGGAGCUUUGUUUACAAUGACUGUAACCAGUUAGAUACCUGCGGUGUGACUAUCUACUGGAAGCCAGUACCUCUGAAAGAGUCCAAUGGGGAGAUAACUCUAUACAGAAUAAAGAAGGAAGACACGCGGCACGGAACAAGCGAGAUGAUGGAGGUGGCAGGAUCAGCAACGUCCUAUGACCUGAUUGUCAGGAAAGACCGGGAGUAUAGCAUUACUUUGAGAGCAGGAACACAGGUCGGCAUGUCAGGAGAGUCAAAGCCUAUUGUGAUCCCACCUUACAAACAAGUGCCCUACCCCUCAGACAUCGUGGUGGAGGCAGACAGCUCCACCCUGUACAUCACCUGGGGGGUCCCGCCAGGGGCACAGGACCCCCACCAGGGAAGGGUCACAGGCUACACCCUGUACUACUGCAAUGGGUCCAAGAUCACCUCGAAAUGUGAAGAAGCCAUACAGUGGCGCCACUUUGCACCUGAUGUAAUGGAGGAUGAAUUGGUGAUGCCGGGUAACCUUGACAACCAGCUGAUAGGCGUGUCAGCGCUGAGGGAGAUCGCCAGUCAGAAUGUAAGCAGUGGCAUCCAGUGGUGUCUCUGUGUGCACCAGAGGACGGGUAUACCACCAUCGCCACGUGGAGUCGUCUUCUCCAGCCACCAGCCGGACAACGCCUUGAGCGUGGAGUGGACCAAGUUUGUCUGUGCCGAGACUCCCAUCUAUGUCAGCUAUUAUGUGGUGUCUCACUGUAUCGCCAACAACCAUGGCGGAUGUGCAGGUCCGUCGGUGCAGGUCAAUGUGUCCACCACAAAGAAAAGUCAGGUCAUCCAGGGUCUGUCAGCAGGAGUGAAGUACAGGGUGACACUCCGAGCUGUGUCCAGGUCAGGGGAGGGGCCAGAGAGUGAAGCCAUCACCAGAGUUGUUGUUAAUAGUGAUUUAACUGAUGUACAAAUUGCUGGGAUUAUAGUAGGUGGAUUGGUUGGCGUCUGUGUGUUACUUGGUGUACUGACCUACUGCGUACGGUACAUCCAUAGUAAAUACAAGAGUAUGUCUUUGGACAUCACACUGCCGCAAUUAGUUCGGGUUGAGGACUUAACUAAAGAAAGAAAAAAUAACGAUGACAGAGAAGAAACACCUUCACUACAAUACGCCACAUUCAGUCACCCGAAAGAAGAAACGCCAGUAUCAGACAAGAAGACCAAUACAGACAAUACACUCCAACUCACACCUGUAGGUAAAAUGAACGCCCAUGAUACUGUGCAUGAAACAACUGAAGGACCCGACCCAGAUCUAGAAACUUUUCAACAGAUGGAAAUAGACCUUAAACCAGGUAAGCCUGUUGACCUCUCAUGUUCAGGAGAGGAGCGUGAGAAGACUGAUGAGUCCAUUACUGAUGGAACUGAAGCAUCUAUCAGUUUUAAGGAUAGUUAUCUGGAGCUCCAUUUGUCGGUCAGUGACGCCCUCUAUGUCCGAUCUCAGCGUCAGGAAGACUCCAUAACAGGACAGGAGAUGACCACGAACACUCAUUCCGGGACAAGUCCAUACCUUCCUCUUGGCAGCGUUCAGCUUCAUAACGACUCUACAAGCCUCCGGGGACACAACACAAACACCAAACCUCAAAGUGAAAGUAAUUCAUCUGACAGUCCUCACAUUCCUCUUGACAAACUUCAGCUUCAUAACGACUCUACAAGCCUCCGGGGACACAACACAAACACCAAACCUCAAAGUGAAAGUAAUUCAUCUGACAGUCCUCACAUUCCUCUUGACAAACUUCAGCUUCAUAACGACUCUACAAGCCUCCGGGGACACAACACAAACACCAAACCUCAAAGUGAAAGUAAUUCAUCUGACAGUCCCCACAUUCCUCUUGACAAACUUCAGCUUCAUAACGACUCUACAAGCCUCCGGGCACAAAACACAAACACCAAACCUCAAAGUGAAAGUAAUUCAUCUGACAGUCCUCAAAUUCCUCUUGACAAACUUCAGCUUCAUAACGACUCUACAAGCCUCCGGGCACAAAACACAAACACCAAACCUCAAAGUGAAAGUAAUUCAUCUGACAGUCCUCAAAUUCCUCUUGACAAACUUCAGCUUCAUAACGACUCUACAAACCCCCGGGGACACAACACAAACACCAAACCUCAAAGUGAAAGUAAUUCAUCUGACAGUCCAUACAUUCCUCUUGACAAACUUCAGCUUCAUAACGACUCUACAAGCCCCCGGGGACACAACACAAACACCAAACCUCAAAGUGAAAGUAACUCAUCUGACAGUCCAUACAUUCCUCUUGACAAACUUCAGCCACCUCCACCACCUGUGGAUCAGAAGAAAGUUUCAGCUGCUGAUGAUGAAUACGUGUCUGUAUCAGAUACCUCACAGAAGAAGAUGAGUAAACCUGGAUUCGAAAAGAAGCAUUCAAACGGGAUAAUGUUGUAUGAAGGGCAUUAAUGACACUAACUCCACUCUCCAACACGAAGUAUAUCUCCAAGGCUGAGCUCCAAGACAAAAUGCCUCAGUCUAUUUGGGGAAGCUGCUACCGCUUAGAAACCUACUUUUCUGGAUGGAGGAAUUUUUCACCGUUUCAAAAUACUCUUUUUACUUCUGUGAAAGAGGGAAUCGAAUAGUGUAACAUCCACUUUUGUAAAUCUAAGCAUAAAUUACCAUUUCCCAGUAUUUUUUAAUAUAUUUUAUUCUGUAAUAUAUUCUGAAAUAAUUUUUGUUUCAAUAUUGUUUGUCACUUGUCUAAAUGAGAAUUAUGAUAAGAAUAUAUGUAUAACGUAAAUCUCAGUAAUCUUAUGGUUUCCAGCUAAAUAGUGACUGUUCAUGAUUGUCUGAAACCAUCACUUUAUAAAAAAUAUGUUCACAUAUAUUUCGCUUCAUGACAAUUUAUAUAAGCUUUCUAAAAUAAAAUAUAUGUU